UUAAGAAAACGGAGUGUAAUAAUUCUUCGAGUACACUCAGAAGACUAUUACAUAGUAUACAAUAUUAUCCGAAUAAAGAAAAAGCGUCAGAUUUCAUUGAAAAAUUUGAAGAAAUCGUGAGGAAUUACGAAAAUUUGUCCGGGGUUAAGCCACUGUCAGAACUUGAAAAGAAAGAUGCUUUUUAUAGUGCUAUUAUGACCACCGUUCCUGAUGUUCAGUCAGUUGAAUUCAUGACAAUGUCUACAACUGGUCAAGGGCUUGGUUAUGAAAAGUUAAAACUCUUUAUAUUACAAGCAGAAGCUAAUAAAAAUCAUGCAACAGCGUCUGAGUCCGCAGGAACUGCAAUGCAAGCUCAUCAAGGACAAGAUUGCUUGGACAGAUGUUUCGAGUGUGAUGAUCUAGGUCAUAUAGCAAGGAAUUGUCCAUGGAAAGGAACAGGGCUGAAAAAGUGUUAUGGAUGUGGGCAAGUGACCAGUCACAAAGCAGCUGACUGUCCUUUGCAAAAAUUAAAACAAUCACAUAGUGAAAGAGGUAGAGGAUGUAGCCGUGGUUCCACCAGAGGACGUUCUAACACUUUUAGAGGAUCGAGAGUCUACCAGAAUACUGGAAGACAAAAUUGGAAACGGAAGAAUAAUAAUGCGAGAGGCGGAGAUGCAAAAAGAUUCAAACCUAAUCGAGGAAGAGGAGGUUAUAAAAAUUUCAGAAACAAUGAUAAAAGAUCUCAACAGAAGGGAAAGGAGAAAGAUGUAGGUGCGAAUUUAACUGAAACUAAACAAAAUAAAGGAAAAUAAGCUUAACGACACACCGGAUUGC